AUGUUUUACCACACAAGGUCAGAUUCCUACGUUCUCACAGACCUUUCAAUCAGGAUCAUUGGCUCACAAUCCCACAAGCAGAAGCUGGAACAUCCCAAGCAUGUUUCCUCAGUUGGACAGUCUGAGAUGGAAAAAAUACUGACCAAGCUUUCUCUUAAACCCCAAUCUGGAGCCAAAACCUCUCCUAGCCAAGAUAUCCUUGCGAAGCUCUCAGAGCAACAGACAAUACUCGGCAAGCAAAAGCAUUUUUUGGUCAAUACCAAUGCUGUCCCCAUAGGACGUGCCCAGGUAGAGGCCAUUGGCCCUUCGAGUACGACGCUCGCAAACGGGCCGCUUGAGGGCUCAGCUCCAGGUGAAACAAAAAGCAUCGAAGCGACUGAGGUGCUCCGACUUAAGCAGGAACUCCUUGCCGCUAAUUCCAAGAUUGCCCUUCAGGAGCAAGAGCUAGCACAGACGCGUGUAAUGAAUCACACCUUGGACCAGGCUCUUGGCUCCCCAUCCGAACUCGAGUUCAACGGACGCGAGGUUAGUGAACAGACAAUCAGCCAAUUACAGAAUGCUUUCAAUGCAUCGAAUGGGGCUUUCAGUCACUUCCAAGAUACGUGGAACGGGCAGGAAGACUCACGGUCCGACGUCUCCGAUGCACACUCGGCUGGUGCGUACAACAAAGCUCACGGGUUUUGGGCCGCUCCGCCUCAGCAGCAAUUUGGUAUGAGCGUUAAUCCCCCUGCUUCUGACAACCAGCUCGGAGAUUCUUUGUCCCUGAAUGCCAACUCAAUUGGCCCCGAACCCAGCAAAUUCUGGGCUGGCUCGCCCACAGCUUCUGGUAUACCUGUUUCCAAUUCAUUUCCUUCCCAGCGAGUGCUUGCAGGACCUUCUUCUGGCACCGCGAAUUUUCAUGGACGCUUUCCUGAUGAACAUGCCCGAUACCUUCCAGCCCCAGGCCCAGGGCCGCGCCGCUCUAUGUCGCAAAUGAACCGUGGCGGAUCAUGCUUCCCACCACAGAGCUCUCCUUGGGGAACUUUUUCUCCGGGAAUCCCUACAAGCCCAAUUUCUAGAUCACCUGCAGAUAGGGGAUGCAACACUUACCAGCAAGUUCCAAUGUACCAAGUUCCUCCGUAUAACCCACGGCCAAUUGGAACGCCGCUCUCUCCAACGGCGACUGAAUUUACUUCAGCAAAUGGGAAUGUGAUGCCUUGGACAACAUCACUGGUCGGUGGUGGCACUUCUAUGCCAACGCAUGUUCCGCCGCUUGAGCCGCUAAAUUAUCGUCGACUUCUGGACAAAAAUGUCUCUUGCGACUGGAAGUAUAUAGUGGACAAGAUCGUUUGUAACAAUGACCAACAGGCAUCGAUUUUUCUUCAGCAGAAGCUCAAAAUCGGCACCACAGAACAAAAGUACGAUAUGGUCGAGGCCAUAGUGAACCAGGCUUAUCCUUUGAUGGUCAACCGCUUUGGCAACUUUCUUGUUCAACGUUGCUUCGAGCACGGUACACCGGAACAGGUUGUUGCAAUAGCCAAUACGAUCAAGGGUAACGCGUUGAGCCUUAGCAUGGACCCCUUCGGAUGUCAUGUAAUUCAAAAGGCGUUCGACUGCGUUCCCGAAGAGCACAAAGCUAUCAUGGUCCAUGAGCUUUUACGCAGGAUUCCAGAAACAGUGAUCCACCGAUACGCAUGCCAUGUCUGGCAGAAGCUCUUCGAGCUGCGUUGGAGUGGCGAGCCCCCGCAAAUCAUGGCCAAAGUCAACGAAGCUUUGCGAGGAAUGUGGCAUGAAGUUGCUCUUGGAGAAACAGGGAGCCUGGUAGUUCAAAAUAUCUUUGAGAACUGUGUCGAAGAUGAGAAGCGACCUGCCAUCGAAGAAGUGAUAGCAAAAAUUGACGUGCUCGCCCAUGGCCAAUUCGGAAAUUGGUGUAUCCAACAUAUUUGCGAACACGGUGCUCCUCACGAUAGAAGCCGCGCUAUUGAGCACAUCCUCCUUCGGUCUGUUGACUACAGCAUGGAUCAGUUUGCCUCGAAGAUCGUCGAGAAGUGUCUGAAGAUAGGCGGCUCUGAGUUCUUGGACCGCUACCUUUCUCGUGUGUGUACCGGGCGUACUGAUAGACCAAGGAUGCCUUUGAUUGACAUUGCCGGAGACCAAUACGGAAAUUAUCUUGUUCAAUGGAUUUUGAUAAACGCUGCGUCUCACCAGCGUGAAUUGGUCGCUAGUCAUAUUCGUAAGCACAUGGUUUCCUUGCGCGGCUCAAAGUUUGGAUCACGGGUGGCCAUGCUUUGCUGCAACCCGUCUCAUGCAACCCGCCCUGGGCCAGGUACCGGCAUGCAAAUCGGUCGCUUCAACAACUUCGGUGAUGACAGAUUCCAGCUGACAGGCCAAACUGGAGGGCGUUUCGGCCGUGGAGGCCAGUGGAAUUCUAAUUACCCACCAUUUCGCUGA